AAAAACAACGAGAACAAGAAACACGAAAGCAGAAACGAAAACAAAGAGGAAAAGGAAAUCGUGAAAAAUUUCGGGAAAAAUUCCGUUCUCCUCGUAUUCGCCGUUUUCCUCGUCAUUUCACUUUGUUUUUGUUUAUUUUCCUGACGACACGCUUUUCAAAUCGACCCGACUCAAUGAUGGCGGAGUUCCAUCGACUGGCUGACCAAAAAUACACCGAGGCUGAAUAUCUCUUCCAGCAGACAAUCGAAAUGGCCAAAUCGGAUGAAGAGUAUGAUGUGGAAUUAUGUUCGACGCCACCACCGCAAACAGGUGAAAUGUAUGACCUGGAGUUGGUGCCGCAAGAGCCCAGUAUUUUCUCGUGGAAGGUUGUGAAACGUCGUCAGCGGCCGCAUCGUCGUUAUACGGUGUCGCAUGGCGCACCACCAGCACCGCCAUCCACGCCCACAUCACUGACGGCAAAUAAUACGCCUGCGCCCUCACCCACCGCCUCCAGCAAUCUCAACGUCAAUGGUAGUGCUGACGAUGAUCCACUGAAUAAUCUGCUCUACAUUCUCGAUUAUGCACCCAAGAAGAAAAAGAAACUCAAGGAGCAACAACGCGCCGAUGCCGAAUUAGCGGAACUUUUCAAUGUUAUUAAGAUAACUAGUAGUGGUGGCGGUGUCAGUGGGAAUACGAGUAAUGGUGGUGGUACACUUGCCCAACCUGAACGUGGAAUUAGCGCUAACUCCCGUGUGAUACGAAAACAUGACGCUAAUGCAAAAAUCUUCAAAAUCCAUCGGAAUCCGAAAGAGUUCUUUCGGGACCCCGUGGCGGUGGGUGGUGGUGAAGAGGAGGACUCAGUGUCCGCCCCCGAAUACGAUGAUGCCGAAGAGGAGGAGACACGUUUUCGCCGACUGCGACACUACAAAGUUUCCACAAUACGUCGUCGACUACGGAUAUCCAAGCGGCAAAGACGUUUUGCACGUUUUGAGCAUCAGGAGCGCAUGGACGCUAUGAUGGAUAAUUUCGAUGCCGCCAUGACAAUGAAUGAUGCCUAAUAUGUUAGAUGCUAACGUAUCUAACCACUGCCAACUUGAGGCAAGUUGGCUUGUAACAGUGAAAUUGAAGGCAACAACCGAAUUAAGGAACAUAAUGACUAAAAAUUAGUAUAUGGACGAAUACGUUGACGAUAAGUGCAGACGUCUACCUUCCAAAUGGGUCUCAAUGUGAUCAAUAUGAAUUUCUUCUGCUAAAUUAUUAAUUAAUGAACUGCAAAUAAUUUGUUCACUGAACUUUUUGCGUAAAUUUAACUUUAAACGUAACGUUAGAUCUUCUUUCUCCUUUUUGUAUUUUGUUUGAACAAAAAAAAAAAAAAGAAAA